AUGAACCGGAGGUCCGGCUUCGUACAGCAACAAGAUGUCCAUCUUAGCACGUCGACCGUACGAGAAGCACUACGUCUUACGGCCAGGCUCCGCCAACCAGCCUCGGUCCCCAUUUCGGAAAAAUAUGAUUAUGUUGACACAGUCAUUUCGAUGCUUGAAAUGGAUGAUGUGGCAGAUGCGCUGAUCGGUACCCCUGGCGCCGGGUUAAGUCUCGAGAAACGAAAACGAGUGAGUAUCGGCGUCGAACUUGCAGCAAAACCGGAUAUUCUACUAUUCUUAGAUGAGCCUACUUCUGGAUUGGACGGAGAUUCUGCAUUUUCUAUCAUUGCUCUGAUGCGCAAACUCGCAGAUGCUGGACAGACCAUCUUAUGUACAAUUCACCAACCCUCAUUCGAUCUCAUCGAACAGUUCGACAACCUCUUGCUCCUCAUCCCUGGUGGCAAGACAGCGUAUUUUGGACCCAUGGGACCACAAUGCCAAACUCUAGUCGAAUAUUUUGGCCGCUACGCACGACCCUGUAGGGAUACGGAGAAUCCGGCUGACUAUGUUCUCGAUCUUACUGCGAGCGCUCCAGUUGACUGGUCUAAGACGUGGUUAGAGUCACCGGAAUAUCAUGCGGCUCGACAGCGCUUAGACGAGAUCUUAUCGGGGAAUACACACGAUGACAAGGGCGAUGAACAUAACACGGCCUUCGCUGCGUCUCUCCGUGAACAAAUGAGAGUGGUACUCCGUCGAGCUUUCUUGAACUACUGGCGGGAUCCGGACUACGUGCUUGGAAAAAUCCAGAUGAACAUCUGGAUGGGCCUCAUCAACGGUCUAACAUUCCUACAGUUGUCCAACAGCAUGACCGACUCCCGGAAUCACAUGUUCUCCAUUUUUGUUAGCAUCAUCACAGGGCCUAUACUUACCCUACAGAUCGAGCCACGCUUUAUUACCUUCCGCGAUCAGUUCCUUGCACGCGAAAAGGAGUCUUGUGUUUACCACUGGUCCGUCUUCGUCUUAAGCGCAUUUAUAGUAGAAAUACCGUUUAGUCUUAUAGGUGGAUUCGUCUAUUGGGUCUUGUGGUAUUACAUGACCGGGUACUUUUAUUCAUCUGAGCGCGCCGGCUACGCAUUCUUGAUGUACGAGCUCUACCAUGUUUUUACCGCCAGCAUCGCACAACUGAUAGCUUCGAUUUUCCCAACCAUCGGAGCUGCCCAAAUAGCAACCGGAUUCGUCUGGCUUAUGAUCAAUACCUUCAAUGGUCCCCUUUCACCGCCUCCGCUUACUCCCAGGGGAUGGCGGUGGUUCUACAAUGUGUCGCCGCUCUACUACUUCGUUGAAAGUCUCGCUACAAACGCCAUUCAUGGGCUUGAGAUAUCCUGUUCUGAGUCGGAGAUGUCUGUUUUCCAUGCUCCCGAAAAUCAGACAUGUGGCGAAUACGCUGCAUCAUUCUUCAAUUCGUCAUCCGGUCAGGGGUAUCUGGUCGACGAGAAUGCCAUAGGAGACUGUGCAUAUUGCCCAUAUGUAAACGGAGACGAAUAUGUAAGUUCUUCUGUCUGA